GGGGGAGAUGGCAGCUUCCAGGGGAAACUCCUUUUGUUCUCCCUCUGGAGAACCACCACCCUGACUCUCUGCUGGCCUCUUCCCUGAUUUCCAGGGUAGCCUGUGCCUAUGAAGUAGAAGUGACACCGCCAUUUGGCCUGGCCCGGCCCCCCAACCCCCUCGGCGGGGCAUGAGAGCCAGACUGGGCCGCUGGCUGCCUUCCCUGCAUACAGAGGAGCCUCUUUGCCGUGCCUGGGACUGGCAUCUCCUUUGUGGAGCUGGGGGUCAACCCCCUCCUCUGCGUGAGACUUGGGGAGCUGACAUGGACUCCAGUCCCCGGGCAGCCCUGGAGCGCCAGCAGCUCCGCCUGCGGGAGCGGCAGAAGUUCUUUGAGGACAUUCUACAGCCAGACACAGAAUUUGUCUUCCCCCUGUCCCACCUGCAUCUGGAAUCGCAGAGACCCCCCAUAGGUAGUAUCUCAUCCAUGGAAGUGAAUGUGGACACCCUGGAGCAAGUGGAAUUUAUUGAUCUCGGGGAUCAGGAUGGACCGGAUGUGUUCCUGCCUUGCGAAGAUGCUCCCCCCACCCCCCAGACGUGUGGCAUGGAGGACCGUGCAGGCGAGCUGAGCCUGCCAGUGCCUGCGCCCGACAGGACCACGUCCCGAACCUCCUCUGCGUCCUCCGACUCCUCCACCGACCUGCACAGCCCGAAUCCCAGUGACGAUGGUGCAGACACGCCCUUGGCACAGUCUGACGAGGAAGAUGGGGGUGACGGAGGGGCAGAGCCUGGAGCCUGCAGCUAGCAGCAGGUCCCUCCUACAGACUGCGCAGGCUGACGUCUCCCCGUGUGAGAUCCUAGUCCCAGCCAGAGCCCUUUGGAGAAAACCAGACUCUCUGCUUGUGGGACACACCAGAGGGAGCAACUGGUGGUGGCCGGUGACCUCACUGAGAAUAACCCUCUCCUGCUUUCCUGCUAACCUUUUCUGCUGCAACCCUUCCGCCAGUUUUUGGUUUAUCCCUGAAGGAGGGCUGGUGAACGAGAAGCCGGAAGGCGAGGCAGGACGAGGUAGGACAAGAUGGCGCUGUUCUUAGCUCCUCACCCUCCCCAAACGCUCCUUCCAGGGGUCUCCUAAACAGUGUGUCUGAAGGGACGAGAGCCCCUUGCCUUCCCAGUGCGAUGGCAUCCCAGCCGUCCACCUCCUAUUACUCUUUUUGGAACGGGGCAUGGCUUAAAUAAUAAACGAGUAAUAAUAAGCUAGCCAUGCCACUUCAUUUUUCACCUUGCAGAGAUAUCAGAUCCACUGUAUUUCCUCAGCUCUCUGACCAACACCAUAUAUAUCCCAUCAGGUGUUUACUCCAUCGUGCGGGGCAUCUGCAAUAGUUCUGAGAGAGACAGGCGUUAACCCGCCUGCUUGAAGUUUAUUUACUACUCUGGAGGAGGAAAUCCAAUAAACACCACUGCUCAUAGUGUAAUAACUAACAUGACAAGGAACUGGCCUGGUAUUGGAAAAUAAGGAAAUCUUAACCAAGCGUGUGUCAUUGAUGAACAUUUGGUUUUCAGUUUUUAAGCUGAGAUCUGAGGGGUGAGUAGGAGUCAGGUGGGGGCUGUAAUCCAGGCAGAAAAAGCAAUUUGGGAAGACUUUAAGUGGAGAGAAUGUAACUGAGAAACUGAAAAACAGUCAAGCUUGGCUGCACUGGAGGAGGAUGCAGGGAGAGGUAACAAUUGGCAAAGGUCGAGUCAUGAAAUGCUUUGAAGUCUGUAUCCAGCUUCUGUUUGACUGCUAAUAAAACAUCAGUGACUUCA